AUGGAUACUCAUCCCUGCCAGCAACUCAGUUAUCGUAUCGAGAGGUUAACAAUACUCCUAUUUCGACCUUACUAUUUAGUCAAAUUCAUGCAAGAUCCACUAAAUAAUGAGAACACAAAUUAUGUGAUUCAAAUCAUCCCAUGCAUGCAUCAAGAUGUUGGGAUUCUGAGAGGGAGAUUAACCCAGAGUGAGUAUUUGAAGAAUACACGGACCACAUGUGACUAG